AUGGUUUGUUACAUUUGUCAGAAACCAGACCAUUUUGCAAAUGAAUGCCCUAAACGGAAGGACGAUAGAGCUGUCAACCGCAACAAUAUCAACGACAAUGUUGUACGCCCUACUGCCAAGGGACGUGUCUACCACAUCAAUGGAGAGGAAACUCCAUCUUCCUCUGAGCUUAUCCAAGGUGAGUGUUUAAUUGCUGGAAAAUCACUUAAUGUAAUUUAUGAUUCGGGGGCAACACACUCAUUCAUUUCAUUGGAUUGGGUGGAUUCGCUCCAACUUACUAUUACUACUUUGCCGUUUGAUUUGGUGGUUACCCUACCUUCUACCGAAUCAGUGAAAUGUAAUACGGCUUGCUUGCAAUGCCCGUUGAUUGUGUUCGAUAGGAGAUUCAACGUUGAUUUGAUUUGUAUUCCCCUCAAGCAUGUGGGAGUGAUCCUUGGAAUGGAUUGGUUGUCAAGCCAUUAUGUUCUAUUGGAUUGUGCUCGUAAGUCUGUGAUAUUCCCAGACCCAGGUGUUUCUCGAUUCCUCGAUACCAAUAAAUUGAACUCCUCUUUGGAAGAGGGAGUUCAGAAGGGUGUUUCCCUCAACUCAGUCGGUACGAAGCUAGAGGUGGAGGUAGACGGGAUACUUGUGGUUGAAGAUUUUCCAGAGGUAUUUCCGCCGGAUGUACCAGGAUUACCCCCAGUUCGUGAUAUUGAAUUUUCAAUUGAUGUGACUCCGGGUACAGGACCUAUAUCUAUUGCACCAUAUAGAAUGUCUACAUCGGAAUUGUCAGAGUUGAAAAAUCAGUUGGAGGACCUUUUAUCUAAACAGUUCAUACGACCGAGUGUCUCACCUUGGGGAGCACCAGUACUCCUAGUGAAGAAGAAGGAUGGAAAGUCUAGACUCUGCGUCGAUUACCGUCAACUUAACAAAGUCACCAUCAAAAAUAGGUAUCCCUUGCCACGCAUUGAUGACUUGAUGGACCAACUCAAAGGGGCAAUGAUAUUUUCUAAGAUUGAUUUGAAGUCCGGGUAUCAUCAGAUUCGGGUGAAGGAAGAAGACAUUCCUAAAACUGCAUUCAGGACUCGUUAUGGACACUUUGAGUAUUUG